AUUCGGUCUGCAAGUUGAGGUAGAUAACGAUGCCACUGUACGGUCUGACACGAUGUACCUCUGAAACAUGAACAGACGUGCCCCAUUUACUAUGCUGCAAACACUGAUGAUGCUGGCUAUGGCCUCCCCUAAUAACAAUCUAGAGUACCGCACGAAACAGACAGGAACUGAAGUAUGCACUCACCUACUUUCGGAUAGCUUCGCUCGUGAAACUUUCAUGCGCUUUUUGCGAACGAAGAACGAAGCUCUGGUUCACAUAGAACUUCCCUUGAAAGUGGGAAUGCUGGAGCUGCGGAACUUCAACAUUCAAGGUUUGGAGCUGACACAGUUAACCGGCCCCAUCCACGUCAUCAACUUGUCAAAAAGGAUCCUUCGAAUGCGUGUGACUCUUGCGUUUGAUAAUCUGCAGGUGGAAGGAGAGACGAAAAUGAGGUCGAGUCUGUUCAAAGCACAGCGUAUGAGGGCGACCGUCCGUCCUGGUGAAGUUUUCGCGGAAUUGGACUUCCGAAGAGCUGAAACUUCCCCUCCACUGGAGUUGUUUGACGAACCCAUUUGCAAACUGCACAAGCUGCAAAUAACACGUUGGAACGGAAUCCGAAUAAGCGGUUCAGGAGUAGUCAUAAAAAUGUUUCGCCUCCUCAAUGGGGAAAAUUUAUUCAACGGGAUCAUCAUGCGGCACGUUGAAAAAAUUAUAAGGGAGCAAGUUCAUCGAAAAUUACAGCAACUCAGACCAUCCAAUCUGGUCCGCCUGCUAGAUGUCAAACAACCGUUUUUUAGCUAGCCUCUGUAUUUUCCUACACUUUGUGCAUUAUGUUAAACUGCAUUGUUAAUUCUGGAUUUCAUUGGUUACUACUACUUCCCUACUAGCUCUCUAGAAUCUUCCCGAG